UCUCUCUCAUAUAUAUAUAUAUAUACACGCACACAAACAGAUAUUAUACGUGUAGAAAUAUAUAACAUCUCGAUUCUGAAAAGGGUGUCUUCAUAGAAUUGAAGAUGAGUAGUCUUGAUUUGGAAUCGAUAUCAGAGGCAACCUCGGGUGCCAUAGGAUCACUUGUCAGCACCACCCUCUUAUACCCACUCGACACCUGCAAAACCAGGUACCAAGCCGAGGUUGCAGCUCAUGGUCGCCGAAAAUACAGGAACCUUUCUGAUGUGUUAUGGGAAGCCAUAUCUAACCGUCAGGUCCUUUCGUUGUAUCAAGGUCUGGGGACUAAAAACUUGCAGUCCUUCAUUGCACAAUUCGUUUACUUUUAUGGAUACAGCUACUUCAAAAGAUUAUAUCUGGAAAAGAGUGGUGCCAAAAAGAUUGGAACCAAGGCAAACUUGCUUUUGGCUGCUGCUGCUGGGGCUUGUACCGCGAUUGCCACACAGCCCUUGGAUACAGCCGCCUCAAGGAUGCAGACAACUGCCUUUGGAAAAUCCAAAGGACUGUGGAAGACUCUUACAGAGGGAAGUUGGAGUGAUGCAUUUGAUGGACUUGGAAUCUCCCUGUUACUGACUUCGAACCCUGCAAUUCAGUAUACAGUUUUUGAUCAACUAAAACAAAGACUUCUGAGGGAAAAGCUAGAUAAACGGGACAAGGGUUCAUCCCCUGAAGCUCUUUCUGCAUUUUCAGCAUUUGUGGUAGGUGCAGUCUCUAAGAGUGUUGCAACCUUUCUAACAUAUCCUGCCAUCAGGUGUAAGGUGAUGAUACAAGCUGCAGAUCCAGAUGAUGAUGAGGAUGGAGCUAGUAAACCCCGACCUAAGACGCGAAAAACACUGCCUGCAGUUUUCUUUGCCAUUUGGAAAUCGGAAGGGAUACCUGGCUUUUUCAAGGGAUUGCAGGCUCAAAUCCUGAAGACAGUCUUGAGUUCGGCAUUGCUUUUGAUGAUCAAGGAGAAGAUUACCAAAACUACAUGGGUUCUCAUACUUGCAAUAAGAAAGUAUCUGUUAUCCACCAGGGGCAGACUAAAAAGUGCUUGAUGGUACUUAUCUCACCUAGGCCGUAGUAUCCAUGAACAUGUGAAUAGGUGUGAGCUUAUUUACUAAUCUGAAUUAGAUGUCUUUCAUAGAGCUCGGGAUCAAAUUUUUCAUUGUGAUAAGUGAUGAUGUUUUGGUAAGAGAGAGCAAUCUUGUUCUUGUUUUGGACCUGCACAAGGCAUGUGGAAUAAUGCCAAUCUGUUGGGGCUCAUUGUUGGAGGCAUUUUCAAUUUAGAGAAAUAAUCUAGUGCAGAAAUUUGUUUCUGCAUUGACCCACAUUGAUAAGUUAUCAUGUUAAGUUUAUAAUCUAGAAAUAAAGAUAUAACAAUUUCAUA